AUGGGGAUGUACAUGUUAUUGGUGACUCUGUCUCUACCUGCGAUGGCAUCAGGGCAGUUUAUCGGUGGUGGGGGCGGAGUAGCCCUCCCUGGCUCAGCCGUCACUCCGCCGCCGCCGGUCACAUUCAACGUUGCUGCUGCAACUGCACCAGCUGCUAGCGGCGUCAGCGGCAACAACGACAUCGCCAAUAACAACCAAUACUUCAACAACGGAUUUUUCCAUAGCAAUAAUUUCAAUACCGGAUACGGCUUCAACACCAACACACAUGUCAGCACCGACAACUGUCCCAAUCAGACCGACUUCUCAGCUGAUCUCCUUCUGUCUAGCGAUCCUACCGGGUACCCAAUAGAUGCCAUCAACCUUGAACUGGUAAAUAGACCCGACCUUCUCAACUGCUUAGCGAGAGAGGUUGUCCUCCCAACCGCACCUAAAGUACCCGCAGAUCCUGUGCUUACAGUCGUCAAGCAAACCUGCCCCUCGGCUAACCCCAUGCUUUGGAGUUUCUUCCGUUACAAUGCAAGAUGUUGGUUAAUACAGAAUGUCCAAGAAAUGGUCAACUUUACUGUGUGCGGCUCUGUUCGCUGCCAGAACUGUGACCACUUCUUCUCAAGUAGCGGCAGCCAGUCUAGGUGUAUCCGCCAGUUUCAGUACUUCUCCGUGUGGGCCUUCUGUGAAGGUCUCCCAGCACUCACUCAGAUCUCCAGGGAGAGAAUCAUCCUUCCGUAUGCCUGCAAUUGUCAGAAGAUUCGCUGCUACGCCAAUGAUUACUUUUGGCGGAAGAGGAAAUAGAGUGGGAUCAUGAUGAUCCUACUUGCGCCCUCUUGUAUAGCAAGUCAACCUCAGGCGUGUUACUUUAAAUGUAGUUUUGUCACUUUGUCCACUUUUGUAUUUUUUAGUAUAUCGCUUAUAUAGAUCUUGUAGUUAGU